CAGCUUGACAGCAGUCUGGAAGGAGUGACUCGGUGACUGCGGCGACCGCAAUUUCGGCAACAUGGGAGACGUUGUAGGAUUUACCGUAAACGGCUUUUAAAAACCGUCGGGAAAAUGGCAGAGAGGUUGGAGUGGGUCGAGAUCAUUGAGCCACGAACGCGGGAGCGUAUGUACGCCAACCUGCUUACUGGCGAGUGUGUGUGGGACCCUCCACAGGGUGUUUGCAUCAAGCGGACUGGUGACAACCAGUGGUGGGAGCUGUUUGACCCCAACACCUCUCGCUUCUACUACUACAAUGCCUCCACCCAGCGUACAGUGUGGCACCGACCUCAGGGCUGCGACAUUAUCCCACUGGCCAAGCUGCAGACUCUGAAGCAGCACACAGAUCCCACCAACCCCCGAUCUGCAGGUGGAGGAGGUGGGAGAGCGUCUGCAGACAACAGUCCAGGACGGAACAGUGGAGUUAGCCGAGAGGGAAGCACCUCCUCCUCCCUCGACCAGGAGCUUUCUGAAAAACAGGGCAACAGAGAGGACGCCGACAGGACUUCUCCCUUCAGGUGGAACACUGGUACAAAGGAACGAAUGCUGAUCAAAGUGACAGACAGAGAGCCCAGCUUCUUGGCCCAUCAGGGAAAUGGUUACUCUCCCUGUGACCCCCCCACCCCCGGUGCUCCUCCUGGAGGGGGCACCAUGUCACGAGCCCGUCGCUCCUCUGGAGGGAACCUUCCUUCAGAGCCUGAUGGCUCACCUGUUCUCUAUGCUGAUCGCCGUCAGUCUCCUUUCCUGAAGCGGGCUGAGCUGGGUGGCACUGGUACCCAUCGACGUUCCUCAGCCGACUCCCAGCCCCCCUCACCCCGAUACGCCUAUGAACCCCCGCUGUACGAGGAACCGCCAUCAGAAUACCAGCCCCCUCCUAUCUACGAAGAGCCUCCUACUGACAUGCAUCUCUCUGACUCGUCCUUCUACAGCACUGGCAAGUCACCUGCUCGCAAGUCUUCAGCCCCUCUCUACCACUCCCCAAAGCAGGGCCAGUCUCCUUAUGGCCAGCUGGUUCUGACCAGGCAGAAAUGUCCAGAGAAGACCCAGAGCCUGGAGUACAGUCCUGUGGGGAAGGAGUAUGUCAAGCAGCUGGUGUAUGUAGAGCAGUCUACUUCCAGCCCUCGCUUCAAGACUGCAGACCGUCUUCUGCGUUAUGGUACUACUGGGGGCUAUGGUGGUUCAUAUGGGGGGUCCUACACACUGCAGCACAGCCAGUCUCUGAUCAGAGACCCCCGCCUACUGCUGGAUUACAGUGGGGAGGGUGGAGAGGGAGGCCAGAGGUUGCUUUAUGAGGACUCCAUAUCUUGGACAUCCAGCCAGACCCACUCCCUCUCCUCCUCCUCUACUGCCGGUCCUGGGGCUUUCUCUCCCAGUGGAAACCGCAAACGCAAAAGUCGUAAACCAUCCCUCCCUCAGGAGUUGGCACGCUGCGGGGAGGGAGAACUGGCAGGUACCGCGUCUGAAGCUAUGCUGGCCCAGGCCAGACUGGCAUGGGAGGCUCAACAAGUGAUGAAACAGAGGAGCAGCUGGGACUCUGGGCAGGGAGGAGGGAUGGCCCAGAGUGGGGGUUCCAAAGAUGGCUAUGAAAGUGAUGGGGCGGUGCCUCUGCCGUUGCCGGGACCAGUGGUAAGGGCCUUCAGUGAGGAUGAGGCGCUGGCGCAGAGUGAUGGCCACCACUGGAAACGCAGCACCUUUGAUCGGCUGGGCUUCCCUCAGGCCCUGCUGGAGAAAAGCCUCUCUGUUCAGACCAACCUGGCCUCACCUGAGCCUUACCUCCACCCUUCACAGUCGGAGGACCUCGGCGCCUGUGCGCAGUUUGAAGCCAGUCGAAAUGCCAGGAAUAUGAUGCCCAGUGCCAGCUGUGGCAUUUUCCCAGAAUUCACCCUGAGGAAGCCCUCCUCAGAGACCGACAUUGAGAACUGGGCAUCCAAGCACUUCAACAAACACACACAGGGUCUGUUUAGAAGAAAGGUGUCUAUUGCCAACAUGCUGGCCUGGAGCAGUGAGCCCAUCAAGAAGCCUAUGAUUGUGACUUCAGACCGCUCUGUGAAGAAGGAGGCAGUGGACAUGUUUAAGCUCAUCCAGACCUACAUGGGAGACCGUCGCUCCAAAGCCGACCCCCUCUCUGUGGCUCUGGAGGUGGUGGUUCGGGGCUGGAGUAACCAGGGCCUGCGUGAUGAACUCUACAUCCAGCUGUGUCGUCAGACCACAGAGAACUUCCGCUAUGACAGCCUGGAGCGAGGCUGGGAGCUGAUGGCCAUCUGUCUGGCCUUCUUUCCCCCAACACCUCGCUUCCACACCUACUUGGAGGGCUACAUCUACCGACACAUGGACCCCCUCAACGACACGAAAGGUGUGGCCAUCAGCAGCUAUGCUAAAUACUGCUACAGGAAACUGACAAAAGCUGCUCUGACUGGAGCCAAGAAGGGCCUGCAGAAGCCUUGCAUAGAAGAGAUCAAGCAUGCCAGGAAUGCCAUCUUCAGUCCCUCCAUGUUUGGCUCCUCCUUGGAGGAAGUGAUGGUGCUCCAGAAGGAGCGGUAUCCAGACCGCCAGCUGCCCUGGGUGCAGACUCGCCUCUCUGAAGAGGUUCUGGGUCUCAAUGGAGACCAGACAGAGGGCAUCUUUAGAGUACCAGGAGACAUAGAUGAAGUCAAUGCCCUCAAGCUGCAAGUAGAUCAAUGGAAAAUCCCCACUGGACUGGAAGACCCGCACAUUCCAGCGUCUUUGCUGAAGCUCUGGUACAGGGAACUGGAGGAGCCACUGAUACCUCACGAGUUUUAUGAGGAGUGUAUCAAUCACUAUGACAACCCAGAGGCAGCUGUCAAUGUGGUGCUAGGCCUUCCACACAUCAACAAACUGGUGCUCUGCUACCUCAUCCGCUUCCUACAGGUAUUUGCCCAACCCGCCAAUGUGGCCAUCACCAAGAUGGAUGUGAACAACCUGGCCAUGGUCAUGGCUCCCAACUGUCUACGCUGCCAGUCUGAUGACCCCAGGGUGAUCUUUGAGAACACCCGCAAGGAGAUGUCCUUCAUCCGCGUGCUCAUCCAGCGGCUAGACACAAGUUUCAUGGAUGGAAUCCUAUAGCCCCCUCCUGACACACACUCACUUAACCCCCAGCCUCCCCUGCACUCCCUUUAACCAUCACAGGCCCCUGCACACUCCCCCAGCACAAGAACAUCAUGCAUACACAUUGUUGCUGCUGGAUGAAAACCUUGCGUCUCAAACAUGUUUACUUUACUAGAGGUAACAAAAACUGCCUUGAUUUGAGUUCAUCCACUCUGCAGUUGAACCAGCUGUUUUUCUAUUUCUGUAAAUGAAGUCCCUAAACUGACAUUUAUGUAAGAAAAACACCAAUAUCAGAGUUACAAAGGUUUAACAUGAUAACAGUACUGUGUGUGCCUUCACAUGCAUUAAUACAGUAUACACAUAUGGUAUGAAGGAAUUAGCAGGGAUCUCAUGAUGUCAUUGGAUUCAUACAUUAGCUUCACUGGCACACUACAAAUUCAGACCUCCAAGGCUUGUUUUAAUUCCAACUUAUCUGUUUUAUAUAAAAACAUUUUUCUAUUUGUUUUCCCCUGCUUAGACACUCAUGCACUGCCACGCACAUAUACACAGCACAUGCAUACACUGAAAACAGCAAGUCUUUCUUGAGGAUUCCACUUUUUGCAGUGUACAAAACCUUCAAAUGCAGAGAAACAGUUACCACUGAGAUAAAUGAACAUACUGCAUGUAGAAGAUACAUUACACAAGUCUCUCACACAUUCACAGGCUAAUCAAUGCCUCCAUAGGGUUCGACACCAGAUUUUCACAAGCUGUAAAGUCUGCACCUUUUCGUGAGUGCUUUAUUAGAUCAGACUGACAGUGCUAGGUUUAUACCCCACAUGCCAAACUAAAAGGAGAAGCUGUAGCCAGCAAAGUGUUUUCAACUGCCACGACUUGGUAGGAGCUGAGAACUCAAUACAGAUUAUCUUUACCAUUCGUGGGCCUGCCUCAAAGGGGCAGACAAACAUGACUUCAUUGUGUUAGUGACAUGCUGUCUGCCAGCAAACUUCAAACAGCCAUAAAGUAAGACAGUGUAAGGCAAUUCUAUUGGCUGUUAGCCGUUAGGUGAGGAGAAUAUGGACACUGAAUCACUCCCUGUAGAGUUUUUCCUUCAGGGCAACACUGCCUCUUUGCUAGGCUUAUAGUUAUUUUCGACUCAUGAGAUAUAGACUUUGUGUAAAAGCCUUUCAUUUCUACCAUCAUCUACAUACUAUUUUCAAAAUCCUCUUUGCAACAACCUCCAGACAGCAACCUACAUGCCGAAAAUGACCAGUUUGGCAGACAAUAUGUAGGUGCAGGUUUGAAAAUUUUAAAGAAAUAAAAAACUCCUGAGCUUUUUACCCCUCUAGCUCAAUGAUAAUGAGGUGCAGCAGACCAUUCUUCAGCACUGUGCAAACAGGACAGGCCGUGUGAGACUAUAGGCACAAUAGCAAAAACUGGAAGGACCACUGGCUCCACAAGUUAUGUUGUAUCUGCAGAUCCAGAAAGGUCCCGAACAGAAUUCCCUCAAAAUAAGUCUUAAACAGUUUUAAUAAUUCCCAAAAGUCUAUUAAGGCCUAAUAUGAAAGUCAUAUUUUUCUUACCUGCUGUAGGCAAUAGGUUUUUAUUCUAAAUAUCUUUUUCUGAUUGGCUGUUUGCAGAAGUACAGUGCAUUAAACAGAGCUACAGCAUGGUUUUUGCUCAUAUGUUUAACUUUUUAUUCGGAAGUAGGACAGUGACUGUUAUUACAGUACAGUUGAAGUAUCACAGUACUAAUCUGUACAGUCAAGUAUUGCACAGAAUAGUGUACAGAAUGGUGUCCAUGUUCUAAUUACUUAAUGUUGGAAGGCUGAAGCCUACACUGUUCAGCUAAGUUCUGCAUGAAGUGGUGCUAACAAAGGACAUGAACCACUGACUGUUGCCCUGGCUCCUGACAGAAGAUCUUUGGUUCUAAUUGUAUACAAACUUAUCUACUGCAGUUGUGCACCCUUUAGUAUUUGGUAAUCUUGAAGAAAUCUGGUCAUGCCACAGUAAUUGGUGCUGUCCAGUCACUUUGGCUGUUGACCGCAGCCUCCUGUAGCCAUGAGCAACAGAUCCAGGAGGGAUGAUCGCAGCACUGCCAAUAAGGUCCUAUCAUACAUAGUGUUCAGACACAGCACGGCAUGCCCAUACUUCCUGGGAGGGGAUGGAGAAAUGACUGCUCUUCUGAAAUACCCCCCAGCCCCAUCCUCACAGAGCAACAGCCCACCAUCACCGCCACUGAGCCCCACAGGCCUUUCUGCUCACUGAUGAUUUGUGAAUGUGUUUAGCUGUGUGCGUGCUUGUCUGUCUUCCUGCAUCCAUACAGUCUGUCGAUGAGCAAGUACUGUUGCUUAUUGUAUUCAUUUGAGAUUUUUGCUAUAUUUAACAGAAUUUCUAUGUUUUUUAACCCAUUCUUUUUAUAUAAUUUAAUUUAUUUAUAUUUAUUUGAGGAGAUUUCCUUAUUGCCUUCUCGAGAUAUUGUAGGCUCCAGUGUGUUUUUGUUAUUGCACGAGUGUGUAUGUCUGAUUGUGUGGAUGCAUGAGGGGGUGUGUAGUUUUCAGUAUGUUAGAGCACGUACUGGACAUGCUGACGUAUGACUGAAACUUGUCUGAUUCAAUUGGAUUUUUGUGUGACACAUCUGAAGAGUUGAUUGUGAACGCUCCAUAGAAACACACACUCAGCAUCCUGGAAGAAACUCUGUUCCACCUGAAAGAUGCAGAGGACACUCAGUCUCGCAAUGGAUCUUUGACUAAAUGAAUCUUGUGUUUGUGAAGAGACUGGGAUGAGUGUUGUGUGCGUGUGUGAUGUGCAGCUCACUCACUGACAUUCACAGUCCACACAGACAACAUGUACAUUGAUACUGUACAGACUAUGUAAAAAUAACUAUAUACAGAAAAAAGAGGAGAAAGCACCAUAGGUACCAGUGGAAACUGCUGUGGAGAUAACAGGGUGGGGGUGUUUAAUUUGUCUUUUUUCUUUUCUUUCAGUCUUGUUAAAGUGCAAAGUUUACGCAUAUUGUUAGAGGUCUACAAGUGGCAAUUUAAACCCAUUUCCUAGAAGUGUGUGGAUUCCACAGGUUUCUACCUACUAUCCAUUCAAAUACCAGAAAGUGUUUUUAAGCCCUGACAUCUGUAACUGGUCUGAUUCAUACUCCAAAAAGAAGUCCUUUGCUGGGGGAAUUGUUUGGCUUUUUAAGACGCUGGCAAAUCAGUUGCUAGAAAGAGCCCUUCAUGUUUCAUUAUGAUUGUGGUUUGUAGCAGUCAGCUGCAGCAGCAUCACUGUCCUUCACAUUCAGAACUGGGCUGAGUGCUCCCUCCCACUGAACUCCACAACAUGACCACCUGACAUCAACUACUCCUUUCUUAGAAUCAGAUUACCUGAUGAAAACGUACUACAUUAAUAAGUUAUUAUUGUUUACUGAAACAUGCAACUGAUUAGUAUGGAAAUACUACAGAUGGGGCUUUAGCUUAAUCUUGCUCACAGUAUACAACAGAAGUGAAGUUUUCUCGGUGCAAUAUCACUGAAAUGUCAAAUGAUUCACAAUUCUAUCACCUUACAGUAAUUGCAUCACUUCCUCGUGAGCAAUAGGGUUUUUGCUCUUAGGUCAAAUUUGAAACUAAGAGUUUACCAAUAUCUAAUAGUAGAUAUAGUCGAACAGAAAAUGACUCACGGUAGAAACUAAAGCCAGUACAUCUUUCAUUAGAGAUUCAAGAUUCAGAUCUUAUUUUUUCAAUACUUCAUAAGUCCACCUUUAUUUCUGAUGACAGACUAAAUCACUAAACUGUCAGGUGGUUGGUUUGAGACAUUGCCACACUCGGCUGUCCUCACUUGUGGAGAGUUUCAGAGACUGCUUACUGAUCAAACAAAUGCAUAAAGCAUACUGAUUCCUUCUCAUCCUACCUUGGUAAAAGCAGGAACUAGCCCUGGGGGUUCAUGCAUAUGGGUAACUAAGUAUACAUCACAACUUCCAACAGAUUAAAACCUAGACAUGGAAGCCAAUACAUGGUUUUGGUUAUCAGACACUGCAUGUUCAUUGCAGUGUCUCUCCUCAUUAUGGGGGUUCCAGGUUUGAUCAUUUUCCUAACUUUACCAAAAAAAAAAAAAAAAAAAAAAAAAACAACACCCUAGCAAGCCUGCAAUGAACAGGUGACUAGCUUAUAAAUUGACAAUAUGUGAGCUACACUUGUAAGUAACCAGGGUCUAAUUUGCUUCCCACCAACAGAGAUGGAAAACAUUACAUCCUGUCACAGCUUGGAAUACUAAACUGCUUUCAUAUUAUGAUUGAAUCAGUGAAUGGGUUUUUGACAUGAAGGUUUAUCAUCUGCUGUCUCAGAGAAAAAAAACAAAAAAGGAAGAGAAAUUUCAGUUACAAAUAACUCAUACAAGAAAGGAAUCUGAACUUCUUACUCAAUGAAAAGUGACUUCUUUAUGAGGUAUGAAUACAGCCAAAUAUUUUUGAGUUUUUUUUUUUAUUUUGUGUAAAACCACUUAGUAAAUGAGAAGCCUCAGCCGUGGUUGGGCUGAAAUGUUGCAGCAGUGUGUAUGAGUGUGUAUGUGGUGUGUUUGUGAGUGUCUUUGUUUUAUGUAAGAGAUGGUUGUAGAUAGACCCAGCAAAUCAACCAAUUAGCAUGCAGACAUAGGGUCUUCACUCUCUUCAACUUGAAUUUACUAAAACAUGACAAUAUACAAGGAAAACAAACUGAAUUUACAGUAAAGAAGUGCUUCAGUAUUUAGCUUUAAAAAAAUCCACUAAGAAAAAUAUUAAGCUCUUUUUAAUCCAUUUUUUCUGAUUGUUUUUUCUACUUGGUUCCUACUAAUGAUGAAUUGGUAGUCGUCGUCGAUGCUGUUCGUCUAAUGUAAGAAAGUGACAAUUAAGAGAAGGUGCAAGACAGCUGCUGUGAAACUGUUCUGCACCUCGACGUCAGUCCUCCAGGUUUUUCAGUUCUAUCUUGUCCACUGUCACUCACACUCUGUCUGAGAGAAGACUCUGGAAGUGUAACAAAUGUUGGUUUAAUAAAUUAUUCAAAUGUCA